AUAAUGCCAGUGCUCUAGACAGCCUCAGUACAGGAAACAAACAUGGUGUAAAUGGGACAACCAGCUACAUCCUUCCCUUCCACUUAAAAAAGACCAGCUACACCAUCAUGGAUUCAAACAAUAAGAAUAGUCCCAUGUUCCUGGUAUUUCCUCCAGAGGUCACCAGUCCAGAACAACAAACAACUCUUACAGCCUCAGCCUAUAAUGCCCAAAACCGAGUGCAGAAAGUCCUUAUUAGAAAACUGAAGGUCUUAGGGACAACCCAGAUCCUGUGUGGAAUCAUGAACUUUUCAUUUGGAGUUGUUUUCCUUUUCACCUUGGUAAACCCAUAUCCAAGGUUUCCUUUUAUAUUUAUCUCAGGAUAUCCAUUUUGGGGCUCUGCUUUGUUCAUUAACUCUGGAGCAUUUCUGAUUGCACUGAAAAGAAAAACUACGGACUAUAUGAUAAAAAUGAGCCAGGUGAUGAAUUUACUUAGUGCCCUGGGAGCAACAGCUGGAAUCAUUCUCCUGAUAUUUGGUUUCCUUCUAGAUGGAGAAUUCAUCUGUGGCUAUUCUCCAGAUGCUAGUCAGUGUGCUGCUAUUACCACUCUGUUCAUUGGGAUUUUGGCUAUGCUGAUGAUCUUCAGCAUUACUGAGCUGUUCAUCUCCCUCUUUUCCUCAACUUUGUGGUACACCAGAGAAUAACUUGGGGAAUGCUGUUCUUGAAUAGCACUGUGCAAAUAAAGAUGCAAAGCAGUACAUCUCAGAGGAUAGUAGGCUCAUGAGAAAGAGCCAAGACACAUACAUACUUAAAACUCGCAGUUUUGAAGCAAAAGAGGUUGGGGGUGACUCAAGGGGGAUCAUUUUGGGUGAUGAAAUCCAUCCUGUACCCUUGGAAGGCCACUUCCUCACCCAACAGAACACUCACUUUGGUGUGAUCAUUCUUCUUGCUCGUUGUGGCAUGGCCACUCUAUAAGUAAAGAUAUGAACUGAAGUUCAAAC